AUGAAAGCGGGCGUGUGUUCCCGUCGAUGGACGGGUUCAAGUAAUGUACCGCUGGUCAGUGCACCGCUGGUGUCGGUGGAGAGGACGGACUGGCUGUGGCGGGCGUUCCUUCCGGAGGGAGCGGAACGGGACCACGAGGCGUCGAACGUGUUCGGGCCGCGGGCGGUGGCGGAGCUGGAGGAGGCUCUGCCGCCGGCCAUGGUGGUGGUAGGGGGCUUCGACCCGCUGCAGGACUGGCAGCGGAGGUACUACAAGGGGCUGAGGGCGAGGGGCAAGUCGGCGCGGCUGGUGGAGUACCCGGAGGCCUUCCACUCCUUCUACGCCUUCCCUGACCUGAAGCAAUCCACAGUGCUCAUGGAGGAGAUCAAGAGCUUCGUCGACAGCCACCGACCUCGGAAGGAGGAGGACGCAGAACGAAGUGGUGGUGGUGGUGACAAGCACAGUAAUAUUGAAGAAUGGUAG